AUGGAGCUAUAUACUAUUACACUUAUGUUGACAAGAUUGUUUUUACCUCAUUGUGUACCUAAAAGACUUCUUUGGAAAAACCUUGUGUGGACGCACAAACACAAUUAUUCAAUUUACCCUGAAAAUAAAGAUAUUACUAGGUUUAAUAUUGAUUUAAGAGUAUUGGAUGAUUAUCCAACACUCAAAAAUGUUGUUAUUCGCAUGAUGUUUGAAUUUCAACAUAGAUUGUGGGAAGAGAUGCAUGCAAAACAAAAAGAAUAUUUUGAAAAAAAGGAAGCUGAAAAAAUAAUUCAAGUAAAAAAGGAAACUGAAAAAAUAAUACAAGAAAAAAAGGAAACUGAAAAGAUAAUUCAAGAAAAAAAGGAAACUGAAAAAAUAAUUCAAGAAAAAAAUGAAGAUGAAAAAAUAAUUCAAGAGAAAAAGGAAGCCGAAGAAUUAAUGCUUCAAGAAAAGAAAAAGAUCAAAGAAUCUGAAUAUGAAGCUGAUAAAUUGAAAUUAUUAAAAGAAAAUGUGGACAAAGUGAAUAAUCUAAAUAUUCAAAUAGAAAAGUUAGAAAAUGAAGUUGAAAAAUAUAAAAAAUAUAAGCAACAGUGUAUAUUAGAGUUUAUUCGUGCACAAUCAUUACAGUCUUCAACUGAGAAAACAAAACCAUUGAAUAAGAUCUUGGAGCAAUUAUCUCAAGAUAAACAAUUUACUUUGUUUUUAGAGAAAGUAUGCGAGAAAAAUGAUUUUCAGUAUACUGCUGUUCAACGAUGUGCAGAAGAUUUUCAUCAAACUGUCUCAAAAUCCUUCCAAACUUAUAAUCCAUGUGUUAAAAUAAUUGAUGCACGAAGUUGGACACCAAAUGAAGUUUUAUUAUUAGGUGCCAUCUAUCACCAUUACAAAAUUCCAUUUAUAUAUCAUGAUAAUGAAAAUAACGCAUAUGCUGCAAAUAAUUUUUUUAUUGCUCCUCAGUCCUCACUUACUAAAUGGUUUGUUUGA